AUGACAUUUAAAAUUACUCGCGUUCAGCGUUUAAGCGCUGUGAUUGCAAUUUCGAUGUGCUUCUUUACAGCAGAGAUAUCAGUUGGACUUUACACACAUUCACUAGCUCUCAUUGCUGAUGCCUUUCACUAUCUCAAUGACCUUAUUGGUUUCAUAAUCGCGCUAGUUGCUGCCCUCGUUGCUGAGAAACGCACUCCUCCGAAAUCGCUCACUUUUGGAUGGCAAAGAGCGCAGCUUCUUGGUGCCUUCUUCAAUGGCGUCUUGUUAUUUGGCCUGGGAAUUAGCAUUUUCCUCCAGUCUAUUGAGCGAUUUGCUACGUUGGAGUUAAUUGAAAAGCCGAAGCUAGUGUUGAUAAUGGGCUGCAUUGGAUUGGGCUUGAAUAUCAUAAAUAUUCUGUUCUUACAUGACCACGAUCAUGAUCACGGACAUGGAGGUGAUGAUGAACAUGGUCAUCACCAUGACCAUGGAACCCACCAAAAUGGAGAGCAUGAAGACGGACAUAUUAGUUCGAUCCAUAUGAAGGAUGAGAAGCACGUUUCCCACAAACAUAAUGCGAAUGCUUCGGCCGGCUCUAAAGUUUCCGGUCGUGACCUUGCUAUGAUGGGUGUUCUCAUCCACGUCAUGGGAGAUGCCGGUAACAAUAUUGGUGUCAUUAUUGCGGCCCUGGUCAUCUGGCUUACUCAUUACGGCGGACGGUAUUAUGCUGAUCCUGCCGUGAGUAUGGGUAUCUCGCUGAUUAUAUUUGCAUCUUCAAUCCCACUUAUCAAGCGUGCUGGUACUAUUCUCCUACAAAGCGCACCCGAAGGAGUUGAGAUAGACGAUGUUACCCACGACAUUGAGCAGAUCCCCGGCGUCCUCGCCGUUCACGAGCUACAUAUCUGGCGUUUAGAUCAGAAGAAAUCCCUCGCUUCAGCACAUAUUGUUUUGUCUGAUAAGGAUUAUAUUGACUUCAAGCUCCUGGCCAAAACUAUCAAUGAAUGCUUUCAUGCAUAUGGGGUUCACUCAGUCACACUUCAGCCAGAGUUGGUAGAGAGCGGAAGAAGUCCUGCAUCUGAGACCUUGUCGAAUGGCACGGUCAGGGUGACAGUUGGCCAACCCGGCAAUGAAGAUGGUAAUAAUGUUGAAGCCCAUAAAAUUAAGUGUCAGCUUUUUUGUGGAAGUCUUUGUGCCGACUUGUCAUGCUGUCGGUGA